AUGGAUGACCAACAAGACGUCAAAUCAGGUUGCUCUGCGUCCACUGCUUCGUCCGUAGACUAUAGUGUGGAAGCGUCUACGGGCGAGUCGAAGCGGUGGCUGCAAAGUCUGGAGAAGUGCAUUCGCGCCAUUGUGAGCGUCCGGCUGCUGAGUGUGCGCGCGUUUGACGGCAACGGCGCAAGCUUUAGCGUGGCCACGGGCUUCGUGGUGGACAAGAAAAGGGGGUUGAUUCUAACAAACCGGCACGUGGUGACACCCGGUCCAGUGGUGGCUGAUGCCAUUUUUCUCAAUAAGGAGGAGGUGGAUCUUGUGCCGGUGUACCGAGACCCUGUGCAUGACUUUGGUUUCUUCCGCUUUGAUCCUAGCAAAGUCAAGUUUGCAGAGCUGCAUGAGAUCCCACUGAGGCCCGACGCGGCCAAAGUUGGUGCCGAGAUCCGCGUGGUGGGCAACGACGCGGGGGAGAAACUCUCCAUUUUGCCAGGGAUCUUGGCCAAGUUGGAUCGUGACGCACCGUCCUACGGCUUGAGCUCGUACAACGACUUCAACACGUUCUACUUUGCAGCAGCGAGCAGUACAAGUGGAGGCUCGAGUGGCUCUCCCGUCCUGAAUAUUGACGGAUGUGCCAUCGCACUGAACGCUGGAGGAGCUAAGAAGGCAGCGUCAUCAUUCUACUUACCGUUGAAUCGCGUUGUCCGUGUGCUGGAGCUGAUCCAACAGGGUCAACAAGUGUCGCGCGGCACUAUUCAAACGAUUUUUCGCCAUACAGCGUUUGACGAAGUGCGGCGACUUGGGCUGUCGGGAGAAACAGAAGCAUUAGUGCGCCAGCAAUUCCCGCAAGAGACAGGCAUGCUAGUAGUGGACCAGGUCAUUCAAGGGGGGCCGGCGCAUGAUCAGCUGUGCACUGGAGACGUGCUCAUAAAGUUUGCUGGCAAGUACGGUGCGACCUUUUUGACUAUUGAGGAGUUUUUGGAUUCUCGUGUUGCUGAUACGGUUGAAGUUCAGAUUCAGCGCGGAGAUGACCAGUACACAGUCACACUUUGCGUUCAGAACUUACAUUUAAUCACGCCGGACAAAUACUUGGAAAUCGGAGGCGGUAUUGUGCACGCGUUAUCCUACCAUCAAGCUCGCAAUGCUUCACUGCCUGUGGGUGGUGUUUACCUAGCGCAAGCUGGCUAUAUGUUCAUGAAAGCGCAUUUGGCCCAGCCUUGUAUCAUUACUUCCGUGGCGGGACAGCCUACCCCAACGCUAGAUGACUUUGUGCGCGUCAUGGCAUCGCUGCCUAACGGUUUUCGCACAGUAUUACGAUACUUUAUGAUUUGUGAUCGCCACCGUGUCCGCACAGCCUUCAUUAUGAUGGAUCGUUUGUGGUUUCCAAUGCAGUUGUGCACGCGGAAUGACCAAGACGGAUUGUGGCAUGCAGAAUCACAUGUCGGGGACACACUGACCGGAGAUGAUGCGCCAAGACAUCUCGCCAAUACUGAACAUCCAACGUUUGCCCCUGCGCCGUUGAGUUUUCCUGGAGGAAACGCACUGGGCAAGAAGACGCUGCGGUCGCUCGUAAUGGUGUCUUUUGACAUCCCUUAUAUGAUUGACGGCAUAUCGAGCUCCAGCUACCAUGGUAUGGGAGUUGUGGUGGAUGCAGAUCAGGGUUUCGUACUUGUGGAUCAGAACACUGUCCCUAUUGCGUUGGGUGACGUGUUGAUUACAAUUGCUGCGACCUUUGAAGUCCCGGCCAAAGUGGUCUUUGUGCACCCAAUUCACAAUUACUCUAUCGUACAAUACGAUCCCAAAUCAUUGGGUGCUGUAGCAAGCCAUAUCGAAAGUGUUGUGUUGGCUGAGAAAGUGCUAGAAGUUGGCGAGACCGCCGACUACGUCGGAUUGAGUAGUAAUUGGACCGUCGUCACAAUGAGAUCUGUCGUCACCAAGCUAGACCGUCUUGCUCUGCGCGACUUUCAGCCACCAAGAUACAAAGCAUGCAACGUCGAGGUGCUGCAUUUUGACCGUAUCACAAAGUCUGUGGGAGGUGUUUUUAUCAAUGAUGCCGGUGCUGUAAAUGCGCUAUGGCUUUCUUUUUCCUAUCAGGAUAAUGCUGGUCGCAAAGGACUCACGCGGGUCGCCCCAAUAGAUUUCUAG